AUGGCUUCUCGCUUUUUUCCUUCACGUCGAACAGGAAUUGCUCUUGUUGCAGGAUGUAUUUUGUUCUCAGCCUUGGCCGCCGCAAGUGUUGGCCCCGGAGAGCUCUCCGUGGGCCAGAUCGAGGAGCAAUUGCAGAGCUGCCCACUUGUAGAAUCUCUUAACGAGCACAAGCGUGCAACGCGCCCAGAGACUACUAGCUUGGCAUCGAAGAUCUUCGCUGUCCUCUUCCCGGGCACCCCAGCGGUGAACGCGCUUCUGGCAACUUUGUACAUCUCCGGUCCACCCAACUUCCUCCUGGCACUAUGCCCACCUAAUAUUGAUCCCUCCUCGCUGUCAGUGAUGGUCGCAUUUGCCGUCGGUGGCCUACUUGGCGAUACUCUCUUCCACCUACUCCCCGAGAUUUUCGUCGGCGAAGCCUCCCCCGACCACGUGAGCUUUGUAAUGGUUGAACCAAACAAGAACCUCCUUCUCGGCCUGGGAAUCAUGGUUGGAUUCUUCACCUUUGUCGCAAUGGACAAGGCUCUGCGCAUCGCGACUGGCGGCGAGGGCGGUCACGACCACUCGCAUAACCACGCGCACGCCGAAUCAACCGAUGCGGUCACAUCUGGCGCCAAGACCAAGAAGCCCAGAGGCGAGCUGAAGAAGCGCAAGUCUGCCGCAAAGGGAUCUUCUGAGGUCAUUGCCGAGAAGGAAAUUAACCCCAGCGUCAAGCUUGGAGGUUACCUUAACCUCAUCGCCGAUUUCACCCAUAACAUCACUGAUGGCCUUGCCCUUUCUUUUUCCUUCUAUGCCUCGCCUACCAUCGGCGCGACGACCACUGUGGCUGUCUUCUUCCACGAAAUCCCCCACGAAGUUGGUGACUUUGCUCUGCUUAUUCAGUCCGGCUUCUCGAAGCGCAAGGCAAUGGGCGCACAAUUUAUUACCGCUAUUGGUGCUUUCUUGGGUACCCUUAUUGGAAUUGCUAUCCAGGAGUUUGGCGGCAACACCACUCUGGAUGAUACCGAGCCUGCUGGUCUUAUGGGAACUAGCCUCACCUGGGGUGAUAUGCUUCUUCCAUUCACUGCUGGAACUUUCUUGUAUGUUGGUACCGUGUCUGUGAUUCCGGAGUUGCUUGAGACCGGCAAGGACAAGGGUGUUGAAGUGCGGAAGACCAUCACUCAGUUCUUGGCUGUUGCCCUUGGGGCCGGCAUUAUGCUUGCGUAA